CCUGCCCACUGAAGGUGCGACGGAGCCAGUGGAAGUGACUUCACCCUCGCGUGUUAUCACCACCCCACCCCUCUUGCCAUCAAUGGACUGUUCCGUCUCUGGCAUGGCUGUCUUCAUUCCCCGGUCUGUGAUUGGUGAUGCUUUGGCGUCUCAUUUGCAUUUCCUGGACCCGGCGUGUGUUGGCAGACACCACAACGCCACCCACAUCAAGAUUGCGACAACCUAUGACCGAUGUGGGACAUUCAUGGAGGUUCGAGGCGAUAAUGUGAUCUUUUUCAAUGUCAUUCAUGACGAGGCUGUCCCUGUGGAGCCGGGCGGUGUUAUAACACGAGACCGCGAUAUUGAGAUUCCAGUCCAAUGCAUUAUGGACUUGGAAGGUAUGGCUGAACUAAGCUUCCGUCCUGAUACCUCCAAGAUCACAUACUAUGAAGAAGAGUUUGGCUCCUUCAACUUUUCUCUAGGCCUUUACCGCACCAACGACUACGCCACGCCCUACCUCCCAGCUGACUACCCUGUCGACUUCAAGAUGGGCGACACAUUGUACUUCGAGGCUCGCACGUGGAGUGAGCCGGGCCUAGAGUUAUUUCUCCAGACGUGCCGCGCGACGCCGACUUCCAACUCAAACGACUUUCAUCGUUACACUUUCAUCCAAAACGGGUGCAUUAAGGAUUACACAUUGGUGUUCCAUCCAUCGUACGAUCCGCACGUUCAACGCUUUCAGGUCGAAGUCUUUGCAUUCAUGGAUACCCUACCCCAACCAGUGGUGUACGUUCACUGCGACAUGAUUCUCUGCAACGCUAGCGAUCCUGACUCGCGCUGUGCCGUGGGAUGUCCAGCCGGUGAUGGCAGAUCUCAGCUGAACAUGCAUAAACGACAUGCUAGAUCCACCAUGUCUGGUUCCCAUGUUUACCCCAUCACACAAGGACCCAUAUCACUGGGGAGGGAGGGAGGCAAAGAAGCUUCUUCGGGAUCGUCAUCGGUCCAGCAGCCAAUCCUUCUGACGACCGUCUGUCUAUCGGUCGGCUGUGUGCUGGUACUCGGCACACUGGUUGCUGUCAUGAAAAAGCGCAGUAAACGCAUAGACAUGUACGCACCAUUGGCCUUGAACGACCCCGAUGCCACUUAGUUUUGGCUUUUCUCAUUGUAGCAAUAGACGUGGACAAGAAAUGAUGGUACAAACCUUCAACCAUCAGCAGUCACUUAAGUAUGACAGAACGACUGCUUUUAGACAAGGAACAACUUUAAACAUCGCUUUUUGGAAAUAACUAACCAAUUAGACGAUAUUUGAACA